GGUGGGGGCGCCUCCCCUCCCCGGACACCCUGACCAGGCGGGUGUAGAAGGUGUCCCUGCUGGCAUCUGCUGGAGCUCACAUCGGACAUCUCUUCAACAAGAGCAUCAGUGUGUGAGGAGGGACUCCAGCACUCAGAGAAAGGCGAGCAAAGCAGGAACAUGACAGCGGCGUCGGCGCUUUGAGACGUGCAAGCGGCAGACGAGAGCUCUGGUGUUGUAGCAGCGAUUGCCGGCUGGGAGGUCCCAAAAGAAGAAGUUCUAUCUUUCUGGACUCUUCUCUCGGAGCAAGCAAGAGGCCAUGAUGGGGAUGAAGACUCUCCCCUUCCUAGUCUGCGUGAUUUUCGGCGUGGUCCUGCAGACCUCCAAUGCAGGUCUGGUCAAGAAGGUCUUCAGACACCGCAGGGAUAACCUGAUGGCUCAGAGGAGCCAGGAGAACUUGACGCUACCCAACCCCGAGCAGCCGGUGGUGUUCAACCACGUCUACAACAUCAACGUUCCCACCGCCUCGCUCUGCUCCGUGGACCUGGAGGCCCCCGGCGGCACGGGGCCCAAAGACGAGGGCGGUCCGCCGGACGGCGAGCACACGCUGGACGGGGACAACCAGAUCGUCUUCACGCACCGCAUCAACAUCCCCAGGCAGGCGUGCGGCUGCAACAACCCGCCGCCCGAUCUCAAGGACAUCCUGAGCAGGCUGGAGAUGUUGGAGUCAGAACUGUCCAGCCUGAGAGAGCAGUGCAGCGGUGGAGCAGCUUGUUGUGCCGCUCAAGUUGCUGGGGAAGUCUCCACAAAGCCUUUCUGUAACGGCCGUGGGAACUGGAGCGCUGACACCUGCAGCUGCGUAUGCGAUCCAGGGUGGAAAGGCCCCAACUGCACAGACCCCGAGUGCCCCAAUGAGUGCCAGGACCAAGGCCGCUGUGUGGACGGAAAAUGUGAAUGCUUUGAGGGCUUCGCCGGCUACGACUGCAGCACUGAGCUGUGCCUGGUGGACUGCGGCAACUACGGCCACUGUGUCGAAGGGUCUUGCCUGUGCGAGGAGGGCUUCGUCGGGGAGGACUGCUCCCAGACCAACUGCCUCAACAACUGUCUUAAUCGCGGGCGUUGUGUGGACGAGGAGUGCGUCUGCGACGAGCCGUGGACGGGCUUCGACUGCUCCGAGCUCAUCUGUCCAAACGACUGCUACGACCGGGGGCGCUGCGUCAACGGCACUUGCUUCUGCGACGAGGGCUUUGCCGGAGAAGACUGCGGCGAGCUCACGUGUCCGGGCAACUGCAACAACGCCGGCAUCUGUGUGAACGGACAGUGUGUAUGCCGGCCCGGCUACAGCGGGGAGGAUUGCGCUAAGCGCACCUGUCCCCAGAACUGCAACGAGCGAGGCCAUUGCUUCAACGGGAAGUGUAUCUGCGACCCAGGGUUUGAGGGCAACGACUGCUCCGUCCUGUCGUGCCCUGAAAACUGCAGCAACAGAGGCCAAUGCGUCGACGGAGAGUGCGUGUGUGAUGAAGGACACCAAGGAGAGGACUGUAGUGAGCGCUCCUGUCCAAACAACUGCCUAGAUCGUGGACGCUGCGUCGACGGAAAGUGUCAGUGCGACAAAGGUUUUACCGGCGAGGACUGCGGCGUCAAGACCUGUCCUAAAGACUGCAUGGGGCGUGGGGAGUGUACGGACGGGACCUGUGUUUGCUUUGUUGGCUUCACUGGAAAAGACUGCGGCGAGUUGACCUGUCCCAACGACUGUCACGGACGUGGUCACUGUGUGGAAGGACAAUGUGUUUGUCACAAGGGUUUCACUGGCGAAGACUGCAGCGAGAAGACAUGUCCUAAAAACUGUCUGGACAGAGGCUACUGCAAUGACGGCAGCUGUGUGUGCUAUGAAGGCUUCACCGGACCGGACUGCUCCAUCCUGACCUGUCCAGAGGACUGCCAGAACCAAGGACGGUGUGAAAACGGGGUGUGCGUCUGUGACGAGGGUUUCAUCGGUGAAGACUGCUCUGAAGUCUCACCUCCAAAGGACCUCACAGUGGAAGAGGUCUCACCUGAAACGGUGGACCUGUCCUGGCGGAACGAGAUGCUGGUGACAGAGUACCAAAUCAUCUACGUUCCCACCGCCCCCGGAGGUCUGGAGCUGGAUGUGCGGGUGCCCGGGAACCAGAAGAAGGCCACGAUCAGAGAACUGGAACCUGGCAUCGAGUAUCUGGUCAGCGUGUACGCGAUCCUCAACGAUAAGAGGAGUGUUCCUGUUAGCGCGAGGGUGGCAACAUAUCUUCCUGAGCCAGAGGGACUGAAGUUCAAGGCAGUGAGGGAGACGUCGGUAGAGGUACAGUGGGACCCUCUUGACAUCCCCUUUGAUGGCUGGAACCUCAUCUUUAGAAAUACUAAAGAGGAGGACGGUGAGAUUCUGAACUCCCUGGGCCGCCCAGAGACCACAUUUGAACAGUCGGGCCUUGGACCUGGCCAAGAGUACGAAGUGAAGCUGGAGGUGGUGAAGAACAAGACGCGUGGACCGCCUGCCUCCAAGAGUGUGGUCACAAGAAUCGACGCCCCCGGCCAGGUGAACAUACGUGAUGUGACUGACACCACAGCUCUGGUCACAUGGUUCCAGCCGGUGGCCCACGUGGAUGGAGUCAGCAUCUCGUACGGUCCGGGAUCGAACCCGGCAGACCGCAGCGUGGUGGAGCUCUCCCCGGGCGACACGCAAUACCACCUUGGAGGCCUGGCCCCCGACACCCAAUACGACGUCUCCCUGACCGCACAGCGGGGACAAGGGAGCAGUCUUCCUGUCUAUGAGUCCUUCCUGACAGACCUGGACGCCCCCAGGGAGCUGCAGACGGUGGAGCUGACAGACGAGAGCAUCACCCUGGAGUGGAAGAACAGCCGAGCUCGGGUGGAGGACUACCGCAUCAAGUACGGUCCUCUGUCUGGAGGCGAGCACAGGGAGGUUCUCUUCCCAGCUGGAGCCAAGGACUCCACUCAGGCCAAGAUCUCUGGUCUGAGGCCCGGGACCGAGUACGGGAUGGGAGUGACGGCGGUGAAGGGGGAACGGGAGAGUCUGCCCGCCACCACCAACGCCGUGACCGCCCUCGACGCCCCCAAAGACCUGAGGGUUGCAGAGGUGACCGAGACCAGCAUGGUUCUGGAGUGGAGGCGUCCCCUGGCCAAGCUGGACUCCUACCGGCUGGUCUACGUUUCGGCGGAGGGCCAGAGAGCAGAGGAAGUGCUGGCAGGAGCGUCAGAGUCUCACACGCUGCGAGGCCUGACGGCCGGCACGCUCUACCGCGUAAGCCUCAGCGCCGAGAGGGGCCGGCGGACCAGUGCACCCGCCACCAUCUCAGCACCCACCGAGGAGCAGAAGCCCCAGGUGAGCAAUGUCACCAUCGGCGAGGUUUCGUGGGACUCCUUCCUGCUGUCCUGGUCCACGGACCAGGCGAGGUCGGCGGGGGCCUUCCAGGCAUACCUGGUCCAGGUCACGGACGCCGAAACAGGCGCCGAGUCGCAGAAUCUAACCCUUGGCGCCGACGCUCGCAGCGUGGUCAUCUCCGGCCUCAGUCCCGCCACCUGGUACAGGGCACACCUGUACGGAGUGUUCAGAGGCCAGCUCUUAGGGCCCGUCUUGGCAGACACCAUCACAGAGACUGAACCGGAGGUGCAGGCUCUCCUGGUGUCCGACGUCACGGCCCACAGCCUUAGGUUGGCCUGGACGGCCGACGACGCCUUCGACACCUUUGUCGUAAUGCUGAGUCAGGCGGGGGAGGGGCCGCGGCGACCGCGAGAGCUGGUGCUGACCGGCGAAGAAAGAAAGGUGCAGGUGGCGGACCUCAGCGAGGACACACAGUACUCGAUUGAGCUCUUUGGACUCACUUUGGGAAAGAGCUCCAAGUCGGUAACGGAGGUGGUGAGAACAGAUGUGGGACCGCCCCAGGGCAUCCGCUUCUCGGACGUCACCGACUCGUCUGCCACCAUCCACUGGACGCCUCCUAGAACCCGCGUGGACAGCUACCGGGUCACGUACGUGCCGGCUCACGGAGGAAAGGCCGACACCGUGACCGUGGACGGGUCUGAGUCCCACACCGUGCUGCCCAACCUGACACCUGGACUCACCUAUGAGGUCACCGUGGUCGCACUCAAGGGUCAAAGGGAGAGUGAGCCGGCGUCGGACAGUGUCACUACUGCCCUGGACAAACCUCGUGGUCUGACUGCAGUCAACAUCACUGACACGGAGGCGCUGCUGCUGUGGCAGCCUGCCAUCGCCACAGUGGAUGGUUACGUCAUCACCUACAGUGCAGACUCAGUGGCUGCAGUCACGGAGCGUGUGUCAGGAAACGUGGUGGAGUUGGCCAUGACUUCUCUGAUGCCGGCCACACGACACACCGUCAAAGUCUACGCCGUUCGCCACUUGGCCAGGAGUGCUGUGACCACCACCCAGUUCAUCACUGACGUGGACGCCCCCCAGGAGCUGGCAGCCAGCAAGGUGCAGACAGAGACGGCCAUGCUGACCUGGAGGCCGCCUCGUGCCGCCAUCACUGGCUACAUCCUCAGCUUUGAGUCUGCCGACGGAGUCAUCCGGGAGGUGGUCCUCAGUCCCACCGCCGUGUCCUACAACAUGGUGCAGCUCAGCGCUUCAACGCAGUACUCGGUCAGGCUGCAGGCCAUCGCUGGUCCCAAGAGGAGCCGAGUCGUCGCCACACUCUUCACCACCACCGGCGUGCUCUACAAAUACCCCAAGGACUGCUCUCAGGCCCUGCUGAACGGGGAGAACACGUCCGGCCUGUACACCGUCUACCUGGGGGGGGACGAGAGCCAAGGCCUGCAGGUCUACUGCGACAUGAGCACUGACGGAGGAGGAUGGCUGGUCUUCCUCAGACGCCAGAGUGGCAGACUGGAGUUUUUCCGCAAUUGGAAGAAUUACACGGCGGGCUUUGGAGACAUGACCGAUGAAUUCUGGCUAGGUCUGUCCAACCUGCACAAGUUGACAGCAGGAGGACAGUAUGAGCUCCGCGUGGACCUGAGGGACAAAGGAGAGAACGCCUACGCUCACUACGACAAGUUCUCCGUCUCCGAACCUCGGACGCGCUACAAAGUCCACGUAGGAGGAUACAGCGGAACGGCAGGGGACUCCAUGACGUACCACCACGGUCGGCCGUUCUCCACGUACGACCACGACAACGACAUCGCCGUCACCAACUGCGCGCUGUCGUACAAGGGCGCCUUCUGGUACAAAAACUGUCACCGAGUCAACCUCAUGGGGCGAUACGGAGACAACAGUCACAGCAAGGGAGUGAACUGGUUCCACUGGAAGGGACACGAGCACUCCAUCGAGUUUGCCGAGAUGAAGAUCCGUCCAUCCAACUUCAGAAACCUGGAGGGGCGCAGGAAACGCUCCUAGGCGCCACGCCCACCUCGGCCCCGACAUCCGGACUGCCCGGCACCUCCACCCAGCUCUUGACCCCCUGACCUCCCGCGCAGCGACCAAAGCCACCGAGAACCCCCCCCCCCCACCCCCUCAACCCCCAGCUGCCUCCAUGCGGACCGAGCUCCAUCUUCCUGUUCUUCACAGGCUGCCUCGUGCUGAGCGGACAUCUUUUUACACGUCACACGCCAAAGACAGCAGAACAAUGUCAGGACUAUCCGCUGUGUGCCAGGAGGCCCGUGUGCAUGAUGUCAGCCAUCGCUACAGCCCAGACACCUCGGUCGGGUGUUUGUGGAAAGGAGUGGUCAAUAGGCGUGUAAAAACCACGCACUGUAUGUACUGCAUGUACCGUACUUACGGUAUGUACAGUAUGUACCGUGUACACCAUAUGUACUGUAUACACACCAUAGGUUAUGGUAGCCAUGAUCCUAACGAGAGUGGACUGACGCCAUGAACACUUCCUGUCCCUCACGUCACGCGGGACAUCUACGCAAGCCCUUUUCUGACACUAAAAAAUAAAUACUCAAAAUUAUGAGAUAGAAAGUCCCAUUUAUGACAUACAAAGUCACAAUUGUGAGGUAAAAAGUCGGAAUUAUGAGAUGAAAAUUCAUAAUUGUGAGAUAAAAAGUUGAAAGUAAGAUAAAACAAUUAAGAUUGAGGGAUAAAAAAAUCGUAUAUAAGAGACAAAAACUCAGAAUUAUGAGGUAAAAAGUUAAAACUAUGAGAUAAAAAGUCGACAUUAUGAGAUAGAAAAGUAGAAAUUGUGAGAUUAAUUAAUCGAAAUUAUGAGAGGAAAGUAGAAAUUGUGAGAUUAAUUAAUCGAAAUUAUGAGAUGAAAAGUAGAAGUGAUGAGACAAAAAGCUAAAACUGUGAGAUAAAAGGUUUAAAUUGAGAUAAGUCAAAAUUCUGAGAUAAAAAAUCAAAAAAUUAUGAGAUAGGAGGGGAAGACCCAGGACACGUUGGGAAGACUAACGGGAUCCCCCGGGAAGAGCUAGAUGAAGUGGCUGGGGAGAGGGAAGUCUGGGUUUCUCUGCUUAGGCUGUUGCCCCCGCGACCCGACCUCGGAUAAGCGGAAGAAGAUGGAUGGAUGGAUGGAUAAAUUAUGAGAUACAAAAUUUAAAUAAAGAGAUGAAAAUUUGAAAUUACGAGAUAAAAGUCUAAAUUAUGAGAUACAAAAAAAAUCCAAUUUAGGAGAUUAAAAAAAUCUAAAUUUAUGAGAUAAAAAGAUGAAAUGGAGAGAUGAAUCUAAAUUAUGAGAUAAAAAGUCGUGAUUAUGAGACAAAAAGUUGAAACUGAUAUAAAAGGUCAAAAUUUGGAUAAAAAGUCAAAAUGGUGAGAUAAAUGAGGUGAAAAAAAAUCAAAAUCAUGAGAUAAAUGUCUAAAUUAUGACAAAAAAUUGAAAUGGAGAGAUGAAAAGUCAAAAUUAGGAGAAAAAAAGUCUAAAUUGUGGGAUUUUAAAAAAUUGAAAUUAUGAGACAAAAAGUUGAUUUGGAGGGAUAAAAAAUCCAAAUUAGGGGAUAAAAAAUUGAAAUUAUAAAAUUAAGUCAUGAGGAGAUAAAAAAAGGAAAUUAGAUAUUUUACACCAGUCUCAGUGGCACACAUUUAAGAUUUAAUCAUUUAAAUUUCUCAUCUCAGAAUUUCAACUUUCUUAUUCCAUAAUUUCAAUUCCUCAUCUUAUUAUUUCAACUUUCUCAUCUCAUAAUUAAAAGGUUGUCAUCUCAUCAUUUCAAUUUUGUCAUCUCAUCAUUUCAAUUUCUCAUCGCAUAAUUUCAAUUUUUUUUAUCUCAUAAUUUCCAUUUCUCAUCUCAGAAUUUCAAAUGUAUUUCAUAUUUUCCUUUUCUUAUUGCAUAAUUUCAAUUUCUCAUCUCAGAAUUUUAACUUUCUCAUCUCAAUUACAAUUCUGUCACCUCAUAAUUUACAUUUCUCAUCGCAUAAUUUCCAAAAAAUGUUAUCUCAUAAUUUCCAUUUCUCUUCUCAUAAUUUCAACUUUGUUGUCCCAUAAUUUCAAUUCCCCAUCUCAUAAAUUCAACUUUCUCAUCUCGUAAUUUAAAUGUUCUCAUCUCAUAAUUUCAAUUUUCUCAUCUCAUAAUUUCAAUUUCUCGUCUCAUAAUUAAAAUUUCUCAUCUCAGAAUUUCAACUUGAUCUCAUAUUUCUCACUUUAUCUCAAAAUUUCAAUUUCUCAUCGCAUAGUCUCAAUUUCUCAUCACAUAAUUUCAAUUUCUCAUCUCAUAAUAAAAAAUUCUCAUCUCUGAAUUUCAACUUGCUUAUCUCAGAUUUUCAAUUAUCAUCACAUAAUUUCAACUUUCUCCUCUCAUAAUUUCAAUUUCUCAUCGCAAAAUUUCAAUUUCUCUUCUCAUAAUUAAAAUUUCUCUUCUCAUAAUUAAAAUUUCUCAUCUCAGAAUUUCAAUUUUAUCUCAUAAUUUCCUUUAUUCAUUGCAUAAUUUCAAUUUCUCAUCUCAGAAUUUCAAUUCCUUAUCUCAUAAUUUCAACUUUCUCAUUUCAUAAUUUCAACUUUUUCGUUGCAUAAUUUUAACUUUAUCUCAUAAUUUCCAUUUCUCAUUGCAUAAUUUCAAUUUCUCAUCUCCGAAUUUUAACUUUCUCAUCUCAAUUACAAUUCUGUCACCUCAUAAUUUAAAUUUUUCAUCGCAUAAUUUCCAAAAAAUUUUAUCUCAUCAUUUCCAUUUCUCCUCUCAUAAUUUCAACUUUGUUGCCCCAUAAUUUCAAUUCCCCAUCUCCUAAAUUCAACUUUCUCAUCUCAUAAUUUAAAUGUUCUCAUCUCAUAAUUUCAAUUUUCUCAUCUCAUCAUUUCAAUUUCUCGUCUCAAAAUUAAAAUUUCUCAUCUCAGAAUUUCAACUUGAUCUCAUAUUUCUCACUUUAUCUCAACAUUUCAAUUUCUCAUCGCAUAAUUUCAAUUUCUCAUCACAUAAUUUCAAUUUCUCAUCUCAUAAUAAAAAUUUCUCAUCCCAGAAUUUCAACUUUCUUAUCUCAGAAUUUCAAUUUAUCAUCUCAUAAUUUCAACUUUCUCCUCUUAUAAAUUCAACUUUCUCCUCUCAUAAUUUCAAUUCCUCAUCGCAUAAUUUCAAUUUCUCUUCUCAUAAUUAAAAUUUCUCAUCUCAGAAUUUCAAUUUUAUCUCAUAAUUUCCUUUAUUCAUUGCAUAAUUUCAAUUUCUCAUCACAGAAUUUCAAUUCCUUAUCUCAUAAUUUCAACUUUCUCAUUUCAUAAUUUCAACUUUUUCAUCUCAUAAUUUUAACUUUAUCUCAUAAUUUCCAUUUCUCAUUGCAUAAUUUCAAUUUCUCAUCUCAGAAUUUUAACUUUCUCAUCUCAAUUACAAUUCUGUCACCUCAUAAUUUCAAUUUCUCAUCGCAUAAUUUCCAAAAAAUUUUAUCUCAUAAUUUCCAUUUCUCCUCUCAUAAUUUCAACUUUCUUGUCCCAUAAUUUCAAUUCCCCAUCUCAUAAAUUCAACUUUCUCAUCUCAUAAUUUAAAUGUUCUCAUCUCAUAAUUUCAAUUUUCUCAUUACAUAAUUUCAAUUUCUCAUCUCAUAAUUAAAAUUUUUCAUCCCAAAAUUUCAACUUGAUCUCAUAUUUCUCACUUUAUUCCAAAAUUUAAAUUUUAUCAUCGCAUAAUUUCAAUUUCUCAUCACACGAUUUCAAUUUCUCAUCUCAUAAUAAAAAAUUAUCAUCUCUGAAUUUCAACUUUCUAAUCUCGGAUUUUCAAUUCAUCAUCUCAUAAUUUCAACUUUCUCCUCUUAUAAAUUCAACUUUCUCCUCUCAUAAUUUCAAUUUCUCAUCGCAUAAUUUCAAUUUCUCUUCUCAGAAUUAAAAUUUCUCUUCUCAUAAUUAAAAUUUCUCAUCUCAGAAUUUCAAUUUUAUCUCAAUUUCCUUUAUUCAUUGCAUAAUUUCAAUUUCUCAUCACAGAAUUUCAACUUUUUCGUCUCAUAAUUUUAACUUUAUCUCAUAAUUUCCAUUUCUCAUUGCAUAAUUUCAAUUUCUCAUCUCAGAAUUUUAACUUUCUCAUCUCAAUUACAAUUCUGUCACCUCAUAAUUUAAAUUUCUUAUCGCAUAAUUUCCAAAAAAUGUUAUCUCAUAAUUUCCAUUUCUCCUCUCAUAAUUUCAACUUUCUUGUCCCAUAAUUUCAAUUCCCCAUCUCAUAAAUUCAACUUUCUCAUCUCAUAAUUUAAAUGUUCUCAUCUCAUAAUUUCAAUUUUCUCAUCUCAUCAUUUCAAUUUCUCGUCUCAUAAUUAAAAUUUCUCAUCUCAGAAUUUCAACUUGAUGUUAUAUUUCUAACUUUAUCUCAAAAUUUCAAUUUCUCAUCGCAUAGUUUCAAUUUCUCAUCACAUAAUUUCAAUUUCUCAUCUCAUAAUAAAAAAUUCUAAUCUCUGAAUUUCAACUUGCUUAUCUCAGAAUUUCAAUUUAUCAUCUCAUAAUUUCAACUUUCUUAUCUCAUAAUAUCAACUUUCUCAUCUCACGAUUUUAAAUUUCAAUUUGUCAUCUCAUAGUUGCGACGGAUUAUUGAGUGUCAGUGGUGUAAAAGGUGCUUGCAUGGAAGAACAAGGUGACGGUGACCACUCCUACAGAACAACAUACCUGAUUCAUCAAUUUGGUCUACAACCAGGUGAUGGUGACCACUCCUACAUAACAACAUACAUCCGAGUCAUCAUGUUGGUCUACAACCACUCCAACAGUACAACAUACAUCGGAGUCAGCACAAUUGUACUAAAAGCAGAAGAUGACUCAAGUUGAAAUAAAUAAACAAUAAUUUCUUCGUCCUUGUGUCACUUUAUCCUCCCUGGUUCCUCCAAGGAGCCCACCUGUGAUAGAAUAGACGUCCCCAUGAAAAAAUAAUCCUAAUAUGGAAGUAUUUAGACCGGUUGAAGUGGAUUGCAUUCAUUGUGGGGGCCCCUCAAACUUUUCAUUACGUGUUGGAUGGAACCAAGGCAGGACCUACUAUUAUUAUUAUUAUUAUUAUUAUUAUUGUUUUUAGGUACGUCAUUCAUCGCCGUGACGGUUCUUUGCUCUUGUCAUACUUCUUGUGAAUACGGUAGAUGUAUGUGGAACAAGAGAAUGUGUUAUUCAAAUUGUAAAAACAUAGUCAGGUCCAAAAGAGUCGUUUUUAAGCCCCCCGUUCCCAGAAACAAAAAGAAUGAAUUGUGUUCUUAUGGAUGUGUUUGUUUAUAACAACUGUUUCUCUGUGAACUGUACUACAAUAAAACUGUUUGUUUGAAA